CGAUCUGUUGUCAUGCGGACCAUUAUUAUGUGUAUUAUUGUUGUGUGUUGCAGUUUGGCUGCGUGGAUUCAAUGCACUGUGCUCCAAUAGCAUCCCAAUGCCUAUGAGCGGGGAGUGAAAAAAGUGCAGCCAUCCGUGCACGAGUGGGAGGUUCCAUCCACUCGCUUCAAUCACGACGUGAGACUUGAACAGCGACACGAACACUAGCGAGCAAGGAAGCAAGCUCCUGCAUGAGUUGGUGCCGGGACAUCUCCACUCCGCUGUCUUUGGACCUCGUUGUCAGCUGUCUUCUCCUUGGACGAACUCUGAUUGGACUCUCAAAUCAGUUCCGACGCACUCGGCUCUCCAGCAACACGUAAACGCGUCCUCCUUUCUGAUUUUCACAGGUCCUGUGUCAUUGGAACGAUUUACCGUGAGGGAACAAUUGGAGACGUGCAUCAUGUUGGACGGCAUAAAAAUAGAAGAGCAUCCGCUGCGAUCGGGACAAGCGCUGGGUGUCAUGCUCGGGACAGACUGUCACCACCAGGCCGUGUGUGAAGGCUGCCACCGUCCCAUCUCUGACCGCUUCUUGAUGAGGGUCAACGAGUCGUCGUGGCACGAGGAGUGUUUGCAGUGCACUGUGUGUCAACAGCCUCUCAUCACCAGCUGCUACUUCAGAGAAAGGAAACUUUACUGCAAGCACGACUAUCAACAGUUGUUUGCAACCAAGUGCAGCGGGUGCAUGGAGAAGAUUGCCCCAACAGAGUUUGUGAUGCGAGCUUUGGAGUGCGUUUACCACCUGAGCUGCUUCUGCUGCUGCGUGUGCGACCGGCAGCUGAGAAAAGGUGACGAGUUUGUCCUGAAGGAGGGUCAGCUGCUGUGCAAGGUCGACUACGAGAGGGAGAAGGACUUACUCAGCUCGGUCAGCCCAGAUGACUCAGACUCAGAAAAAAGUGACGAUGAGGAACUGGAUAUCAAGCCUGAGAAAGGAGGCAUAGGAGGCCCGGGGAAAGGGGAUGACAGCAAGGAUCCCAGGAGACCCAAAAGACCACGGACCAUUUUGACCACUCAGCAGAGACGAGCUUUCAAGGCCUCCUUUGAGGUCUCCUCGAAACCCUGCAGGAAGGUGAGGGAGACGUUGGCUGCAGAGACGGGACUCAGUGUUCGGGUGGUCCAGGUGUGGUUCCAGAACCAAAGAGCUAAGAUGAAGAAGUUGGCCAGAAGACAGCAGCAACAACAAGAACAACAGAAUUCCCAGAGACUUGGGCAAGAAGUAAUGUCCAAUCGAAUGGAGGGGAUGAUGAGCUCCUUCACACCUCUGCCUCCGCCACAGCAGCAGCUGGUCUCCAUGGAUCAGAAUGGCUACAGCACAGACCCAUUCCAACAGGGGCUCCCCCCUCCACAGAUGCCCGGGGACCACAUGAACCCAUAUGGUAACGAUUCGGCAUUCCACGACAUAGACAGCGACACGUCUUUAACCAGCCUAAGUGACUGCUUCAUGGCAUCAUCAGAAGUCAACUCCAUGCAGGCCCGUGUGGGGAACCCAAUCGACCGCCUGUACUCCAUGCAAAACUCCUAUUUUGCAUCAUGAAACGACAAAGAAAGCAACGGAAAACAACACAGAACAAACUGCGCAUCUCUCCCUAAAGCCUGGCGCUCGGGCGUUUGUACACAAGCACGGAUCCGACAGAAGAAAGCGCUCGCGUUGGGCGCUUAGUCCAAGAUUGCUAAACCACUUGUAGGACAGUGAAGAAUCAUGGGACAAAAAGACUUGUUAAUUGUUAGAAACCAUUCAUUAGGAUGGCUUACCCCCAACAGGAGAUACUGUAUUACUAUUUUCCUUGUUCACAAGUAGACACUCUUUCAAACCAAAUAACAGCGUGAAUUCAAACAGUGCAUGAUCAAUUGUGAACAAAACCAUCAUCCCGGUUAAGAUGUGGUGUUUGGAUUGUUUUUUUUCUUAACACUACAUAGUUUACCAUGUUUACCGCUAGCAUUUUGAUCACUAUGAAUAGGUACUAGAUAUUGUGUUAAUAGUAAAUAGGUGCAGCAUGUCUGCAAGCGUGACUGUACAUUUAUGUAUGUUUGAGAGUUUGUGGUGAGAAAGAAGCGUUUAGAGGACUUUAAAAAAAAGGCGGAGAAAAUGGUGGACUAGUCAGAUCAGUGAAAUGUAAAUACUUUUCCGCGGCAAAUUGGAUGUGCAUGUUAAAAAUGGAAAGCAUUCUAUUUAUUUAACUAUAACAGGCUCUUGAAGGUACAUAUUAAAAAUGAAAAGCUUUAUUUAAAAAGGAGAACUUUUUUUGGAGCAAUUAGUGUGUUCACAAGUUUCACAACCUAUUUGUGUGCCAUUUUAAUAUGAAGAUUAACCCUUUCUCUCAGUCAAGCUGUAAAUGAGCAAUGUGCUAUUUAUUUCGUACAGACCAUACACUCUUCGUUGUCAUUGUCAUAUGUGCAUUCUGAAAAUGUUAAAGUUGCUAAUUGACCAAAGUUGACUGGUUUGAUGAAUAAACAAUGUCUUUCUCCUGAUAACAUUGAAUAAAUGGCCUCAUUCAGAGUA